GAAAGCUGCGAUGGCUGCGAUGAUGCAGAGAACUAACAAUUUUCAAUGGGGAGAUAUCGGCGAGGACGACGACCUUGAUAUCCUGCUUCCGCCUAGGGAAGUGAUCGGACCUGACGAGAACGGUGUAAAGAAGGUGAUCGAGUACAGGCUCAACGAAGAGGAGAAAAUAAUCAAAGUCACUACGACGACACGUGUCGAGAAGCGAUUGCUCAGCCAGCGAGCCGCAGAGCGACGGACUGGUCUUUAUCUAACCGUGCGUUCGACAGAGGAUAUCCACUUGGAACGACUUCAACCUCAAGGUAGUCAAGCGGAAGAAGCAACGACAUCAGGAGAUUCAAUCUGCAGGGUAUGCCGUAUGAGAGGUGACCACUGGACAGCACGAUGCCCUCAGAGGGAUCUCUUGUCGUUAAUGGAAACUCGUCUAACAACAGAAGCUUCUACAUCUACUGAAGCUUACGUUCCACCGAGCAGGAGAACAGGUGCAUCAGAUUCAGACAUGAGGAGUAGGAGGAACGACGAGAACUCUGUACGUGUGACUAACUUGUCUGAGGACACCCGCGAACAGGAUUUGAUGGAGUUGUUCCAUCCGUUCGGCGCUGUAACCCGAGCCUACGUGGCCUUUGACAAGAACACAAACGUGAGCAGAGGAUUUGGGUUUGUCAAUUUCGUAAGCAGGGAAGAUGCACAGCGAGCAAUCAGCACACUGAAUGGUUAUGGUUAUGAUAACCUCAUCCUCAGAGUUGAAUGGGCCACUCCGAGGCCCGGUUAGAUCCAUUUAUCUCUUGUUUAAAUUAUUUUCUGUAAGAACUAAAGAUGAUUAAUGCAAUAUGUGUGUAUGCUUCGUAUAUUAUUAAA